UACCUGAGAACUUUGUCCCUCGGCUGAGCACACGCUCUCACCGACAGCUGGCGCACAGCCUUAGCCAACCCCGUUUCCGGGCGCGGCUCCCCCAGCGCCCGCCCGCUCCGGGCUAGCUUCCUCGCCCUCGCCCCCCCCCCGUCCCGCCCCGACGCCCUCGGUCGGUGCCUGCCUAUGCUUUCGGGAAUCGCGAGGGCUCGCCAGCUACUGCGCGGCCUCUUGCCCGGUUCGAGGAUGGGCGAUUCCGCCUCCACGCUCGUCAGCCCUCAGGAGGCCCUGCCCGGCCGCAAGGAGGCGAUUUCUGUAGCGGAGUCGGUGUCAAGUCACUGUCUUGAUUUUCACAAUGGAGAUCACACUUUCUCACAAGGCGGCCUGACCCAGGCUAUCUUUGCCAAACAUCAUGUCAAUGGCAACAGAACAGUUGAACCUUUCCCAGAGGGAACACAGAUGGCUGUAUUUGGAAUGGGCUGUUUUUGGGGAGCUGAAAGGAAAUUCUGGAUCUUGAAAGGUGUCUAUUCGACGCAAGUGGGAUUUGCAGGAGGCUAUACUCCCAAUCCUACUUACAAAGAAGUCUGCUCAGGAAAAACUGGCCAUGCAGAAGUCAUCAGGGUUGUGUACCAGCCAGAGCACAUCAGCUUUGAGGAACUGCUCAAGGUCUUCUGGGAGAAUCACGACCCGACCCAAGGCAUGCGCCAGGGCAACGACCACGGCACCCAGUAUCGCUCAGCCAUCUACCCCACGUGUGCGGCGCAGAUGCAGGCAGCCCUGCAGUCCAAGGAGGACUACCAGAAGGCCAGAGCUGGAGAUGCGUGUAUGCAUGCACACACGACCUACCUCGAGACAAAGCAUUCGGAAGCAAAGCCAUACUGCAGGCAGCGGGCAAGCUGCACACAUCCUCAGAACUGCCUUCUGCAGAGAGCCGACUUCUUGAAGAGAGCAGGCUAAGCCUGUCUCAAGCUUCCCAGCUAAGAAAAAGCCCAGGGGCAGCAGCAAGCUUUCUGCUUCAUGCAUCUGCCAAAAUAAGAAUAAAUAAAAGUGAUGGCUCUAUUGACCCAUGAUUGAUGGGAGAAGAACCCUGGAAGGGAGGGGAGCCUGCGUGGACAUUUCUCCCCUCAGGGACCUUGAAACCAAAGGCUUGUGUUUCUGUGUCAGUGGUCAACCCUGCACAGCGGAGUGGCUGACUUUUCUGUGAGUCCACACAAUUUGCUGAGCAACCACAGUGCCAUUUCCUUAAGAUACCCAGAGCUGCAGGUGGAGGGAGGAUAAGAAUCUGAUUCUGUCACUACAUCUGCUUGCCAACCACUGCCCACCAUUCACUGACCACUCAUAUUCUAGGCUCCAAGGUGCCGAGCAAUGACAGGGCUCCACUGGGGAAGGUCUGUUGAAUCUGUGCAGACAGCAAUAAAUAUAAAUAAGUGGACAGAUAUUUUUCCACAUCUUGUAAUGUGUUGUAGGAAAAAGUUAGGAAACUCUUUCAAAAAAUACAAAGAAAAAAGAGAAAGCAAAAGAUUUGAAGGUUACAAACAACUGUGUUGCGGAAGCAAAGUGCUGGGAAGAAAGCUGAAAUGAAUGCUAUCCUUUUCAACCGAGUCACUUUGCAGAGUAAAUGUGCAGCACUGCUGUGCAUCUCAUUACAGUUUCCCACCGUAGCUGCCAUUGCUGACUUUAGUGUUUGCUAAAAUGUCGCAGACAGUGGUUCUUUAUUUGGUCUUGUGUAUCUGUGGUUAGCAUUAGAGGUUUAAAUGCAUCCUGUGUCAUUCAUUAAGCCUUGAGUGAAAAUUUUUUUGUACUUAGAAAAGCCUGUCUUCCGGGAUGCAGAGACCAUUGCUCCGUGAAGUCCUGUUAAACCAUUAUCUGAGUUAUAAAGUUUUGCUUUGGCCUUCAUCUCCAAGUUGGUGGAUGCACAUUGUUUGCAAGAUCAAACUGCACAGCACACCCUGGCCCCACAAAUGUGAGAGCGCACAGCAAGAAGAGAUCAGUGAGAGAAUUAGAUAGAUUCUGGAGGAGUUUACUGGAGGGAAAGAAUUUUGCUUUGAUUUUUGAUCAGAUAAUUAAUACAUGUUUAUUAAGGCAGCAAGCAAGAUGGAGGUAAUAAGUGCCUUUACUAAUCAUAUUUGAUGCAUUCUAAUAUGUGUACCAUUCUAGUAUAGGAAUUAAUACCUUAAGCAACAGAAUCAUUCUGUGAAUAUGUUGUUUUAUAAUAUACCAUUUUGUUGAUCAAUGUUAUAUGAAUGUCUUUUCAUGCCAUUAUACAUUAUUUUAUUUUACAUUUUUUUUUAAUUUUUUAAAAAAUUUUAUUUAAAAGGAAAAAGAAAAAACAAAACAAAACAAAGCAGUGUAAGGGUACAAUUAAUACAGAACUACAAAAAAAAAAAACAGUAAGAAAUCACCAGUUAAUAGAUUACAAUUAUCAUCCUAGAGACAGUUGCUGAAGUCACAGUAUCAAAGCAUACAAAGUGGACAUUCAAACAGUGAGACUGCAAACAGUUGUGUUCAAUGAUCCAACCAAAAACAUUAAUGUGGGCAUCUGUUUAACACCCCUAAACACACUUGCAGUUGUACACUUUAGAGCACUUUUUUUCCCUCUCUUUUUUACAACAAAAUUUACACAUUUUGGGUUUUAUUACUCCUUAGUUCUUAUUACUUUUUUUUUUGGAAGAGAAUAAAGUCAAAUAUGGCAAAACAAAGCUGUCAGUCAAAACCAAGGAUAGACAUAGCACAUGAUGUAAAAACAGAGUACAAGGUUAUCGACAAUGGUUACCAUAAUGCCUCUUGCUUCCUUAAAAAGAAUUGUCUAUCUCAUUAGGUAUUAUAAAGUUGAACAAAACAGUAGAGAACAAGACCAAUAGAACCUAAACCUUGUAAACACUACAGGAUUUCCAAAGAAGAUAAUAGUCAAACCAGAAUGGGCAUCAUAGUGAAUCUUAUUGCCUUCAAAGUAGUUGCGUAUACCUUCAAAAUUGAUACUAUCAUACAGAACGGAACAGAGUCUAAUCAGUCAAAACAAGAUAGUGGGAGUAUUACAGGACUUCAAAUCAAGUUAAUAGGAAAUCAAAUAAGUUACUAUCAUAUAUCCUGCUAUUUUUUUUUAUUUUUCCCCUUAAUUAAAAAAUCUUAAAAAAUAACUAAAUAAUUUUUUAAUGAAUAAGGAAGAGAUUGAGAUAAAAGAGGACAUAACAUCAUAACAGUACAGGUCAAAGCAUGACAGUUUCAGCAACCUAGUGCUUCACCACCAAAUAACCCAGUUUGAUAGUAGUUACCAUAGUGUCUUUUUCCUUGAAAUAUUUGAAUAUAACUUCAUAUACUAUAGCUUCAAACAUAUCAAGUCAGUGUAAAACCAUUCAAGUGGAUGAAGCAUUGUAGGGUUUUUAGAACCAACUAACAGAAAAAUAAACAAUGGUUUCUAUAUUAUCUCUUUGCCUAUAACAAUUUCUGUUUAUACUAUCACAUAUAAUAAAAUCCAGCAAGAUA